AUGAAGGCCACGCAAAUCUCCAGUCUUGUUGCGCUCUGUAUCGUCUCGGUUACUCCUGCGCUCGGUUGGCAUCAUGACUCUGAUCCGCCUCCCACUCAGCCACCUGCGAAUGUGGACGCACAGCAGUGGUGUAAAGAUAAUAUCGACGUCCCUGGCCGAUGCGAAUCUGGGAGAACCAGCUCAUGCGAGGAUGUUUGCAAGGCUUGCUCUGACGGAAAGGAACCAAUUAAGCAAGGAAAGUGCGAUUGGCGAGGAUUGUUCGCAGAUUUUUUCCAGGGACAUAAGUGCGUCUGCCGCUCGGGACCGAACCCGAACCGGCUUGUGUGGCAUAAUUUGCACGGCGAACACGUAGCAGAUGAUCUUGAUGCUAUGAAUACCAACUAA